AUGAUAAUGAAUGCAGGUAGCGCUGCAGGACGCAUUGUCCCAAACCUAUUUGUAUAUCGUUUCGGUGUCUACAACGUGAUCAUACCCUGCGUAUUUAUUGCCGCGAUUUUGGUCAUUUGUACCCUUGCAGUGAAUACUGCUAUUGGUACAUUGAUAUUCGCUGUUCUUUACGGUUUCUUCUCUGGAGCAUAUGCCAGCAUGCUUCCGCCGAUGGUGAGUUCCCUCGCUAAAAACGAUGGCGAAAUGGGCGCGAGAUUGGGAGUCUGUUUUACAUUCACUGGGUUAGGCGGCCUUGUCGGUACUCCGAUAGCUGGAGCAUUGUUGUCGCCAUCAUUUGUAUGGUGGCGUCCGAUUCUCCUUCCCAGUCUCUGUGUUCUUAUCAGCGCUUUGUGCUUCACUGCCACGAGGUUCCUGAGAGUUCGGAAGAAGGGCACACAAUGGCUAUAA